AUGCAUUCACGUGUUCUCCUCGCUUUAUGCGCGAUGUUCAUCGUCUUACUCGCGAUCUCUUCAUCGCCCGUCGUAGCUGACGACCAAUACUUUCCACGAGCACGUAAAAUGCCCGGUGGUGCCUGGCUUUCUUCUCAUCAAUUGCAACAACUAGGCAAACGCGGCCGAUUCGUCUUUCGUGAUGCCCCAAAUGCACAUCAUUACGAUUCAAUUCAUACUGACUAUGUUAUUAAUGAUGAUGCCGAUUCAUCACUUGAUAAACGAAAUUGGCGAUUAUAA